UCCCUUCCGAGUUCCGACACUGUUCGCAAACCCUCGCCCUGGCUUUUCGAAGUCGAGAGAGAGAGCUCCUACUCCCCAACAAUGGAGCUCACCAAAACCCUAACCCUAACUCUCCGCAUCUCCCCCUCUCUUCACUGAGGCCCCCUAUUCCGCUUUUCCCCUCUUCCUAGCACCAGAGUAUAAGGCGACGAGGGGAGAGGAGGAAGGGGGAGGGGGCGCGGAGAUGGAGAACCACAAGAAGUCUCUGCUGAGGGUCCGGGUCCGGGUCACGGCGCGGAAGCGGGCGCGGGAGUCGCCCUCCUCCGGCGAGGGCUCCGGCCGGAAGAUGCGGGCGCGGGUGUGUGCUAACUCGGUGAGGAAGCUCGCGUGCCGCGAGAUCGGCGGCCUCCCUCGCAUGGCCCGCGUCGCCUCCUCCAGCGCCCCCGAGAAGUUCCGCAACAUCCAGCUCCAGGAGGAAUUCGACACGUAUGAUGAUAAUAUCCAUUGGUUUCUCAAAUUACAAUUUCUGAAAAAGAGGUCCAAGAUCAUUGAGAUUGUUGCAGCAAAGGAUGUUAUAUUUGCUUUAGCACAAUCUGGUCUCUGUGCUGCUUUUAGCCGGACAACAAAUAAGCGUAUAUGCUUCUUGAACAUAAGCCCCGAUGAAGUGAUUAGGAGCUUAUUUUAUAAUAAGAACAAUGACUCACUCAUCACAGUUUCUGUUUACGCAUCAGACCAUUUCAGUUCCUUGAAAUGCCGGACCACUCCAAUAGAAUACAUCAGAAGAAACCAGCUAGAUGCUGGUUAUCCUCUUUUUGAGACCGAAUCAUUAAAAUGGCCUGGUUUUGUUGAGUUUGAUGAUGUCAAUGGCAAAGUUCUUACAUAUUCAGCCCUGGAUGGUACUUACAAAGUGUUUGACCUGAAGAACUAUAACUUCUUGUACUCCAUAUCGGAUAAGAAUAUUCAGGAGAUCAAAAUAAGCCCAGGCAUCAUGCUGUUAAUAUAUCAGAGAACUCCUGGUUAUGUUCCACUCACAAUAUUAUCAAUUGAAGAUGGAACAGUGUUGAAAUCUUUCAAUCACUUACUACACCGCAACAAGAAAAUUGAUUUCAUCGAGCAGUUCAACGAGAAGCUACUGGUCAAGCAAGAGAAUGAGAACCUCCAGAUUCUUGACGUGAGGAACUCGGAGCUGAUAGAAGUCAGUAGGACUGAUUUCAUGACCCCUUCUGCAUUCAUUUUCCUAUAUGAGAACCACCUUUUCUUAACAUUCCGGAACAGGACUGUCGCAGUUUGGAAUUUCCGGGGUGAGCCAGUCACCUCCUUUGAAGACCACCUGCUCUGGCAUCCUGAUUGUAACACUAAUAACAUUUACAUCACUAGCGACCAGGACCUGAUAAUCUCGUACUGCAAGGCUGAAAGUGAAGACGAGGGAGAAGCUUCUCCUAUAGGAUCUAUCAACAUGAGCGACAUCCUCAGCGGGAAGUGUGUCGCGAAGAUCUGUCCCCGUGAUCCCUCUCUACAGAUUGCCCCUCGCAAGCGGGGCGACCCGAGCCGUUCUACCAUCAGGAGCACUAUAAGGGAAGCUCUUGAAGAUGUAACUGCACUCUUCUAUGACGAGGAUCGGAACGAAAUCUAUACGGGGAACAAGCAAGGCCUGAUCCAUGUUUGGUCAAAUUAGUAGCUAUACCUAAUAGCCGUCUGUAUAAUGUAUCUCAUUGCCAAACAUCAGCUGCAUCCCACCAUCUCCAUGUAUCAUGCUCUGCUUUAGAGCCUCUUUGUAGCAUGGGUUUCAGUUUCAAAACCUACCAUCCCGUGUUACCCUGCGGUGUUUCUAGGUGUAUUUUGUGUCAUAUCUAUGAUUAUAUCAGUAUGUAGCAACUGCAUCUUUGUUUUAGGAGAAAAGCUCUUUCUUUCCGGUUUUUUCUGUUGAUCUUUUUGUGGCAGUGUGUUUUCUCAUGGAACACAUUAUCUGUGGGAAUGAUUAGCAUCAAUUGCUAAUGUUGUUUUCUGAGUUUGAUUCUGAUUUCA